AUGGCACAAAUGUGGCUUCUCCGGCUGCCAAAAUAUACCUCCACUACCACCACUAAAACUGGCGCAUCUGAUACUACGACCACCACUGCCACCACCAGCACCAGCACCGCGGUCAAAAACACAGUCGAAAAGAAUGGCGGUACACAAGACUGUUGUUGUUGGGGUUUAAGAAAGGUUUUGAAGAAGUUGAAAAGGCAAGGGAGAAUGCUACGCGCCGCCACUACGAGUAGGCAAUCAUCAUUGGAGUGCCGAUAUGAUCCACUGAGCUAUUCUCUUAACUUUGAUACGAGUGGGUGUGGGAGUUUGGUAGAUGAUCAAGAUUACUAUCAGUUUUGUGCUUUCUCUUCAAGAUUCGUAGGGAAUAUUCCAAGAACUUCUUCUUAUCCAAGACUAGUCUCUCCAUCUCACUAG